UUGGCAGUGCUCUCUCGGUAAUGCACUGUGAACGGGGACAAGCAAAAGAGCGAGUUUCACACACACACACACACGCAUCCAUACAUGCUGCCUCUGUCACACACCCUCACACCUUCACACUGUGUCGCUCCUUCAUACACACACACACACACGUACACUCCCUCACACGUGUGCCCUGAGGCAGAGAGGUGCCUUCUUCGGGAGAUACACCCCCCCCCUCCGUUUCUCUCGCAGACACACAUGGACACACACUGUGCAGCCGGACCCAACAGAACCAGACCGGACAGCUGUCACCCACCGGUGGAGACGACUCUGGCAUGAGCAGCGGUAAUACAGCGCCUACCUACCGGUGUGGGUGAACGAGGGUGACUCCGGGAGAGCUUGAAAGACAGCAAGCACCGUCCAUCCGCACCCCCUCAUCCUCGUCCCAGCUGGCGGAGCUGAUACCUCAGGUCGGACACUCUCUACUUCUUCUACUUCUCUUGCUCCGACAUUAUUUCGGAUGGAGGAAUUUUGCAGGUGAGGGACCAAAAGAAAAGGAGCAGUGUCACUCCUGUUAUUUUGGAGAGUUGACAUUCAGGCUUUUUUUGUCCCACUGAAAAGGUUCAGGCGUCUGAGCUGCAGGAUUGAGUGGGUUAAGAGGACUAAAUGUGAUUUUCUUUUCUUUUUUCUGGGGGGUCUGGAUUCAUCAUGCAUCAAAUGGUUCUGUGGAUGAAUCUUUUCGGACAGGGUUGACUCAAACUUAAUUGGAGCUCUAGGAGGAGCGUAAGGGUACACUCAGAUUGGGACAGAGGCACUAGGGCGCAUUGCUGGGCUACAGUGCACUGGUUUUUGGGUGGAUAACAACAUGACUUGUCCCGAUAGAGGAACAGUGACGUAUGAAGACUUCACCUGAACCUCACUCGCUACCAGAGAACAUACAACUGGAAGGACAUUUUAAAGGCAAACGCUCUUCGAUCCGAACCUCAACGAGCCCCACUUUUCUGUUUUGGGUGGGCCUUUGAGGGAUCCACCCUUAUUUCCUCCAUCUCUUUUUCUGCCCUUCUCCCAGCUGCUUCAGUCCAUCCUCAGAAGCCCCCUCCUCCACUCUGCACCCCUCCAUCCGCGGUGCUCCGUCGCCCUGGGUGAGCGGGCAGGGGGGUGGCCCACGGUACCCCCCGACACCUGGGCGCCACCGAGCCGCCAGAGGCUGGUGAGGCGCCGGCAGGGUCAGCGCUGGGAAGAUGGCCGCUCUCGCCAGCUCCCUUAUUCGCCAGCGCAGGGAGGUCAAGGACCCCCAGGCAAACAGGCAGAUCGCCAGCAAGCGCAAGCCCUGCCCAAAGAGCAACAAGUCGCUCUGCCAGAAGCAAAUCCUCAUAUUAAUAUCGAAGGUUCGACUAUGUGGCAGUCGAGGGAGAAAAUUGGAAAAAAGACCAGAGCCCCAGCUGAAGGGCAUCGUCACACGGCUUUACUGCAGACACGGUUUCUACCUCCAGAUGCUGCCGGAUGGCACCAUGGAAGGCACAAAGGACGAAAGCAGCUCCUUCUUGCAGUUCAACUUGAUUCCUGUGGGGCUCAGGAUAGUGGCCAUCCAGAGCACCAAGACUGGGCUUUACGUUGCCAUGAACAGCGAGGGCUACCUCUACACGUCGGAACACUUCACGCCGGAGUGUAAGUUUAAGGAGUGCGUGUUCGAGAACUACUACGUCACCUACUCGUCCAUCCUGUACAGACAAACCCAGUCGGGUCGGGCGUGGUACAUUGGCAUCAACCGGGACGGACAGGUCAUGAAAGGGAACCGGGUCAAGAAGACAAAGGGGGCUGCGCACUUCCUGCCCAAACUCAUUGAAGGUACCGCCGCUUAAUAUGUAGCCCGCUCUGCAAGCUGUACCAGAGGCAGGGGACCAGUGAGCGUUAUCCUGGAAGAUGCUCAGUGCUUUUUAUUUCGUCACCAUCUGUCGAGAACGUACAAGUCGGCAUCAGUUCAGUGUUCAGUAAUCAUCGUGUUGUGUAAAUUGAAAAGAAUAGACUGAUUUAAGCAUCAAAGUUGGAUCUUGACCUUGAAAAUAGUCAUGUAAAUAUUUGGCUGACAAAGCAUUUACUGAGUCAACAUAGGCCAGUAAGUUUGAGCUGUGAUUUUUAUGUCAAAAGGCAUUUACCUUUUUAUAUUACAUUUUGGAAUAGUACUUCCCCACUUGAAUGCCUGUCGGCAAAUACCUUGACGGUACUUAACACUGAGACAGACAGGAUAAUGACUUUCAUACUUUCUAUAUAAAUGAUCUUUUAUUUUAUUUUACAAUAUUGAUUUAUUCAAGUUAACCGUGUUAAUAAUACCCAUAUGAUAAUAUUGUGUAAGUAAUCCAUUGCCUCUGAAAGGGCCAGUGUGUAGCAUUUAGGGAGAUCUAUUGGCAGAAAUGGAAUAUGAUAUUAAAGUGUAACUUCUCCCCCAGGUCUGAGCCCAAGUUCACCCACUGAACGACGCAAAGUCGUGCAAAUGAGAAAAUAAUUAGCUAGUUCACAUCGCGCUUCCUCCGCUUCACUCCCUGCCUCUGGGAGACUGCUUCGCCAGGGGGGGGGGGGGCAUUGUGGCUGUAGCAACUUGCAGUCACAUAGCGGCUCCGUCUCUGGAGUGGCCGUCUGCUCUCCUCCCGGCUGAAGUAUCCUAGCGGGGAGCAGCAAGGACCCAGCUCAUGUUAGCUUGCUAACUAAAAUUAAACAACUUAACGCGUCAUCUGCACACUCUUGUCACUGUGUCGGAAAGCACAUUGCUAUCAUUAACACUGAUUCAUUAGAGUCUGUGAUGUGCUGACGGGCCUAAUUUCAGAACACAGAAGGAAGAGAACAGACUUGUGCUGUGAUGCUACAAAGUGGCUACGGAAAAAGUAAAUGCAAUGGAUGCGGUGGGGAGAGGCAAGGAGCUGAUUACAGGACGUUGAUAAUGUUUUAUUUCAUGAUGUAGAUUCGUCCCAAACGGUCAACUCCGUCUCCGAAUUUGCAUUGCAAGAUUAGGACAGGUUUAAAACAGUAGAUGGGGUUUUAAGACAUUUUCAAUCAUUAAAUGCCAGUUUUGAUUAAGAAUUGUCAAUAUCAACAUCAGCAUUGAUGUGUUUCAUCACAGUACUUUCAUGUAUUUUAGUUUACAGCUGAAUAAACAUGUUUAAGUGUGCAGUACCUCUUUAAUAAGUCAGUUUUCUUCAGUGUAUAAUCAUCUGAAAAUAGAAAUCGUUGUGUUUUUUGUCGGAAUAAGCCCUUACAUCUACAUAGGAAGCACUUGCUCUUCACAGAGUCCGUUAUGUAGCACCGGAUUCACUAUAUCUCGUUUGCAAAAGGGACAAAACGCACAAUAAGCAAAGUUGAUGCAUUUGAUCUAUAGCAUUAUUUAUUUUUCUACAGUUACAGCUCUAAUUUACAGUAAACUAAAUAAAGUAGUCAUCUAAAAAAAUGCACCUUAUUUAAUAUUAGAAACAUUAUAUGAUAAGUGAUAUUAACCAAGGUUAAUAUAACUUCCAACCUUUAUUUUAACUAACCAGGCAAUGCUUUGAACUAAGUUAAAGCUGCAUUCGUUGCUUGUUUUGUUUUUUACUUGGGGGCAGUGGAACAAGCUGUCAAAAUAAAAGAGAUACUGACAAAUAAAGCCGACAUGCAGCAACUUCUUAGUAGAGCUGAUGUGAAGUGAAAAGUUCGAGAUAAGCAUGCUUUCAUCACUAUGAACAACCCCAUGUUAAAUUAUGUUUAGUUAUUUCAUCCAUUGCUCAUAUAAACAUAAUAAUCAUUGCACCUUCAAAAUAAAAGCUUGGGAGUAAUCCAGUGUCAGGGUCCCCAUGUUUCCUCGUCUAAUUGAAGCUGACUCACAUUUUGAAUAAAUAAGGUCAUGUUCACAUUGUUGGAUUGUGUGUGACUUGUAUGACUUUGUUGACCUCCGUUGGUAGUGUCAAUAAAGAUAAAAUGGCGUAGGUCAUUACUGCAUAUCCAAAGACACAACAAAGUGCUGAAAGCAACACAUAAACUGCACCAAGAAUUAUCUAAUUUUUACCAAAGGGGUUUAAAAUGUUUAUUUUUAUUUAUGAACCUGAAAACACCACAAGGCAAUUAUCCCAAGAACAAACUAAAGCAGCAGAGGAGCCAGUUCUACUGUAUCAGCCACACAAGUCUGUUCCUACCCAGUCCUAACUAUUGCAACCUUCUCCCUCCUCAGUGGCCAUGUACCGGGAGCCCUCUCUACACGACGUUGCGUUGCAGAGUCCGCCCAGGAAAACGCCCAAGACCUCCAGUGACUCGCCCGUG